AUGAACACCCCCAAAAAGCUAAGAGCCGCUAUGGUGGCGGUAGCGGUGGUGUAUUUCGUGGCGGUGUUUUUCGGGAGCCUAACGCCGGGACAUCCUAAAACAUAUACAGAGCACAACUCGAGUGGCCUUAAUGCUCAACGAAAGCAGGAACAGAACGUGAACUGGAAGCAGCACGCCGAAGAUAUCCACACCAACAAUAUCAACAGACUUCCCACGUCGGCAACGGUAAGGCAGCAAUUGAGUUUCCAGUUUCCGUACGAGCCUCGGAAAGGUUUUCAAAAGAACAUAUGGCAGACGUGGAAGGUUGGUGUUGAGCAUGGAGCAUUCCCUACCAAGUACAAGCGGUUCCAGAUAGGCUGGGAGGAGAAGAAUCCCGGCUACAAGCACUACGUGAUUGCAGACGAUCAGUGUGAUUUGUUGAUCAACGAUUUGUACGAGUCUGUUCCUGACGUGAAGAAAGCAUGGAACCUGAUGCCCAAGAGCAUUCUCAAGGCUGAUUUCUUCAGGUACCUCAUAUUGUACGCCAGAGGCGGAGUUUACUCGGACAUCGACACCACGGCGCUCAAGCCCAUCGAUCUGUGGCUUUCGGCAAACGAAACUGUCUUUGGCCAGCCCAACACUGCAGGUCUUGUGGUGGGCAUCGAAGCAGACCCUGACCGGCCUGAUUGGGCAGAAUGGUACGCUCGUAGGAUUCAGUUCUGCCAGUGGACCAUUCAGGCCAAAGCUGGCCACCCGCAGUUGCGUGAGUUGAUUGCAUCAAUUACGGAGAUUACUCUCACGAGACAGAAAAAGGGGCAGCUUCAUAAGGUGUUGGGCAAGGACGAGGGCGGCGACAUCAUGAACUGGACAGGUCCUGGAAUUUGGACUGACCUGGUUUUCGAGUACUUGAACAACUUGGCACAGCCGCAGAAGAAUAGAGAUGAGGGUGUGGUGGAGACUCUUGUUGACUGGAAAAUGUUCACCGGACUUCAAAAGCCACGUAUUGUCGACGACGUGAUGGUUCUUCCAAUCACAAGUUUUUCGCCCGAUGUUGACCAAAUGGGUGCCAAAUCUAGCAACCACGAGCUCGCCUACGCAAAGCACAUGUUCCUGGGCUCGUGGAAGAAUGAUUGA